GCAUUUUAUUUGGUUCCAUCAUUUUUUAUUCCACUCUAUUCCGCCUCUUUCCUUAUAGCAUAUUCAAAUAUAGAGGCCGAAGUGGAGGAUUCAAACAAUGAAACGGAGGAUUCUGCAAAAAUCCGUUAGCACUACAUAUGAUAGUGUAUUGUUAAAUCCAUGGAGGCUCCACUUUCAGAAACUCGCUUUUGAACUCACACGCUAUCUCUGUCAAACUAGAAUACAGUGAUAUCUUCCAAUUAUGCAAGGAGUUGAACGGAAGAAUGUUGAAACUUGCUUCGACAUAAAAAUAAGAGACUUUGAAGAUAAAUGGAACACAUGGAAGAAUGAACAAACACUUUUAUCCAUCGGCAAACUCGACAAUAAGGUCAAACGUCUAAAAAUUUACUCUGUCAGUUGGAGCUCUACAGUGAUAACAGAUGAAACACAACUUUGGAAAAUGGUGAAAAGAGAAAUAAUAUCUCAAAGGAUGAAGAGAAAUCCAGGUAAUUCAGAAACAAGUCAUAGUUGUUGUUUUACCAAAUCUAUACUAAAACAAAGUAUAUUCAUUCUCCAGGUAAUACAUUUAUUUGUGUCACACUAAACCAUAUUAUAUUUAAACGAGUCAAAUAUUUUGAAUGUAUUUCUUUGAUGAUAUGACAUUUCGUCAUGUAUUUGUAGUUUUUUAAAUCUCAAAAGCGCAUUGA